GCAGAAACCAGCCUCUGUACUGCCCCUGUCAAGUGCCCGAAUGUACCAUUUGCUCCUUCCGCCAGUCAUCUCAGCUUCUGACCGCUUCUUUAUAUUCAUCUACGAAACCGUUCACACCAGUUUCUGCUUUCCCGGCACCAACAGCGACGAAGGCAAUGGCCAUGGUCAGUACGGCCGUGGAUAGUUCACAGACCUAUGAACCGACGUAUCGCCAAAUUUCUGCCUUAAACGUGGGAUCAAGUCAGUCGUUGCACGACUCUAACGACUUGACACAUAAAGCCCUUCCACUGGACUUGACGGAAUCAUUAUCUAGCCUUGAAACUGAAGGUCCUGACAGCAAGAUCCCUCAAUCACAAGAUGAUUCCUUACUCCACGACAGUCAAACUGAUACAGACGUCACUAUGUGCAUCUGUCCGGUAUGCGGUUAUUCAGCCUCGUCACCACGUGGACAGGAUGAGCACAUGGAAACUGCUCACGGAGAAUGUUACUCAAAUGUCCCAAGCGUAAGUAUCACAACGGGCGAACAAGGCGGGGCGGUUCACUCAAAACAGAAGCAGUCCUUAGUUGCGGUGGAUUCUUUUGUAGCAAGCACACUGCGUUCACCUGAACCAUCUCAGAGCAAUCUCUUCUCUUCCGAGACGCACACGGCUUCAACUCCGCAAGGCUGUGUUCAACCGUUUACACUGCUGAAUCUACCAAGUAUUGAUGUAGUGGACUUACCGUUGACAGGACGCAGUCGGGUUGAUUCGGACAGCAAAUUUGUUGCAUCCGAAAGUUCCAGUUCGGCAUCUACGAAGGUUGUGCAUCGAGAAAUGAACAGCCGAAGUCCGGUGGUAAAGGCCAUGUUAACAAAUUCUGCCACCGAAACAGCUGGGGGGACGGGUGUUGUGCUACCACACAAGGUGGACUCAAGAAGGCGCUACAGGUGUAAUAUGUGCCCAGCAACAUUCCCUUGGCAUGGGGAUUUGACGGAGCACCUUCGUUUGUCACACGGAAUGCAAAAAAUGCGCGAAAGUAGCAGGAGUGGCAAGGCCGGCAGUUUCUGCUGUGUACACUGUAAAUAUGUUGCCAAAUAUCAGAGUGAACUGAGACGACAUAUGCGCCUGCAUUGGGGUGUGAAACCGUUUGUCUGUGUCUUCUGUCCAUAUCGAAGCGCGUGGAAAGGGGAUUUGAAAAGACAUAUGGAGUCACAUCAUCGAGAAAGAUUUAGUUCCGAGGCAGAAUUGACCAAGAUCAUGUCUCAGUUCAAAAACAAUGCAGGUACCACGGUGAAUGGCAUUCCUUUAUCAACCAGUUGCAUUCAAGAUGCUCCUCGUCCCGGUAACAAACUCAGUGCAGAUUCCCUGGAUCGUUUGGCAUUUUCCGUGAACAGUGUUUUUGAUGAUGACAAUGCGAAUGAAAGAAGUGAUUAUUUUGAACCGUCGGCAGUGGACUGUUCUCUUGAGCACUUACGCAACGAUGAUCAUCAUAAAACGAAAAGUAAUUCAACAGCCUACUGUGCUUCCAGGACACUCGUUUGUCGUGCCUGUCACCACAAAUGCACAAACAAGUUGGAUUUGAGAAAACACUUGGGAGCGCAUCAUCCCGAACUGACUGAACUUGCAGAGCUUGAUAACUCCGCCUCACCAGGCAAUGACGAUCAACCGCCGUUCCUAUCGAGCUCACCGGACUCACUGGGAAGCCUUGGCGUCGAAUCCUCAGCUAUAUGUUCCAGCUCCGAGAUCCCCCCUAAAAUAAACCUAACGGAGCCGAUGACCAAAUGUGAUCCUAAUCCUACGCUAUCAACUUUUCAAACACUCUCCAACGCCUGGCCGGCUGUUCCAGAUCAUGCCAACCUUCCAUCCUUCUCUGUGAAAGUGGAUUCCGGGGCGGACUCGGUUCCGAUAGAUUUGUCUGUUGGAAACAAAGCCGCUGACGUCUUACCAAAUUUGAAGACAUGCACACCCGUUUCCGUACCAGAGGCGACCAUACAACCGAAUAAAAUCAAUGACAGCGAACGUUUGUUGUCGAGCAAUAUUUCGUCAUUUACUGCUCCAGUGUGUCUUACUCCUGUUGAUCUAAUGCCCACGUGGUUAAGCUCAAAAGGGCCACUACAGCACCCGCUCACAGGAGUGCUAUCCGGUUGUCCUACCAAUGAAGUAGCUAACGUUUGGCCGGCGAUUUCCUCAGGGAGUUCAUUUUCAAACUCGGGAGGAAAUUCUGGUCCUAUACAAAGUCCUUCGCCAUUUUUUCUCAAUCAGUGGGUGAUAAGCGGUUUAAUGCAGACCUGGCAACAACACCAACAUCCUGCGAUACAAGCACCACCUGCCUCUCUCAAUUUGACCAACUUGCCCAAUUUUUCCACAAAGGAAACCGAUAAAAUGGAUCGCAACAUCGAUAUAUAUUCCGAUUCAGCAGUUCACUCAUUGGAAGCAUUUGCCAAGCGAGAAUCCGUCGCGAAGAGUGAAUGGGUUGCUCCCAAAUGUGCAGAUGAGGGAAAUACAGAUAAUCGCCUUCGUAGUGUGGAAAUCGCCCCUUCAGAGAAGCAUACCAGUGUUAUCCACCAGCAGUCUCGUGGGAGAAGAAUGAGUUCGGUAUACUACAGUGGAAGACUUUCCAGCUCUAUCGGAGUAAAGAAUGAACAGUGGAAGCGUCAUCAGUGUUCGGGCUGUGGACAUCGAUCCAACUGGAAAUGGGACAUCAAUAAACAUAUAAAGGUUGCGCAUCCAGAAAGGACGAAUAUUACAACCGUAACUUUAGAUCUAGAAGAGGCUAAAAGAACGUUUGCGGACUACAUGAAUAGGCUAAAACUGUCACGUACUCGAUGCUUAAACGAGCCAAGUGGCAGAACCGGUGACUCCAGUCCGUCCUGGCCCCUGAAUUUUGUGCCACCCGCACCUACCGAAACGAUCGGCGAAGGUUAUUAUCGACCAUACAAAUGCUCCAUAUGUGGACAUCGGAGCAACUGGAAGUGGGAUGUGCGAAAACACAUCAAACACCUACACAACAGCAAUGCCGAAGUGAUUACCCUGAGCUUGGAGGAAGCACGCCGAACGAUCCAUCAGUAUAAGAGUUGCAGACGACAGCAAGUUCGUAACUCCACUGACACACCUUCAUUUGGAAGGCAGCUGGAAUGCAUCUCUCCAGACACAUCGCUUGGUAGUAGUGAGAAGGAAGGUACAGCUGUUCCACGAAUACCAUCAUCCUUUAGUUCCGUCAGCCCCGUUACUGGGCACGAACCAACUACCCGACAGACGUCAACGUCCACGGAAGAUGUCAAAUCGCCUCUUUCAGCAUGCUCUGUGUUCAGCGCCUUUGUAAGAGCACGCAGAGCUCGUCCAACCACUACCGGGAGUUCGGCAAGAAUAUUAGGAAAGCAAAAUAUUCAUCUGCGCUUCGUUUGCCGUACAUGCUUUCGACGUUUCAAUUCUCGAAGAGCCUUUGUAUUUCAUUCAUUUUACUGGCAUCGUCGACAAACCAGUGGCUUUUCUGUCCCACCAAGACCUGCUAUGUUAUAUGAGUGUAACUCCCGUGCACAGAUUCGCACUACAGCAAGGAAACUCAUACGAAGUACCGACCAACCCACUUUUCCCGAAAACCUCACUGGGAAGUCAUCGCCUCAAGCUAACAUCUCAUUCACUCGAGUGGGAGCCCAACAACUGCAACAACAGCAAGAGCAUCGGAGAGAUGAGCCCACCUACAAUACUUCCACAGAAGGGAAGAAUUGUCGAAGCCCCUCCACCUCUUCUUUUCCGGCUCGUAAUUCUUUACAAUGUCGACGCAUUCUGCAUGCUUCUCGCAAAUCAUGUGUGGAAUUCAGUGCCAACAGGAAAAGUGAUCCUGGAUGGAAGCCACUCCGAACUCGAAGGGAUGGUAACAUCCACACUGUUCGUACUGGAAAAAUUGAGUCGACAUCAGUAGUUGACACAGUUGGACAAUUAUCCACUCUUCUAGACGAAUUACUCGGCCUGUUAGAUGAAGUGGGUGACAAAUCCAGGUACGAGCCGAUCCCCUCACUUCCUGGGAAAGACCAGAUUCCCAAUGGGCCCAGCUCCGAUUCCGCCAUGACAAAUCGUAAUGUGAUAAAACACUUGGCCGAAGUGAUUGAAGAAACGGUUUCCAAGAAUGAGAAUAUAAGCUAUUCGAAUCAGCUAAAUGUCAGCACUAGUUCAAAUGAAGAGAAUCAGGGCCCGAUCCACUGUAAAAGCACCGUUCACGACGUGGUGCACCACCCGGCUGUUGAGAAUCGUCUGAUGAAACUGGCGACCAUAUUCCAUAGACUCUCCGACACUUCCACCGCUGUACUCAAAUCGAGAGGAACGCAGAUCAGUUCAGAGCAUCCUACAAUAAUCACCAAUAUACAACGUACUGCAUAA